AUGACGGAGCCGCCAUCUCGGCCGCUGGCUGAUGCAGCGCCUGAACGACGGAGAAGACGACCAGCCGUGAGUUGCACGGUAUGCCGUAGGCGUAAGAUCAAAUGUAAUCGGGAAACCCCGUGUAGCAACUGUCUUCGCUCUAGAAACAAGACGUGCGUCUACGAUACACGGCCCGAUCCGCAAUCUCAGGCUCCAGCUGGCUCUUCCACGCAGCAGGGCCAACGGAGCCAGCAGAGCAUCCCUCCUCCACCUUCACUAGCCCACCAUGAGCGGCUCUCGCCCCCGUCCGAAGGGCGUGCACUUUCGUCCUGUACUCCGUCGUCUCCCUCGAGUCAGACCCAGAUCUCCACCUCGACUCUGGAUUCUAUGCGGACCCGAAUCAAGGAACUCGAGCAGCAACUCUCUGAGGCAAUCAAUCGGGCUCCGCUCACCACCACACCUCAACAUCCUAACAAGCCAGGCCAACCAUCCAACGUGACGGACAGGGAGACACUAACUAGCUACUGGACCGGCGAGAUUUUUACAGUGGACCACAGUACUUUUUCCAAGACGAGGAUGUUUGGCCAAAGCCAUUGGAUGAAUGGUGCCAUCCUGCUCAAGGGCCUCCUUGAAAUAUUUGCCAAGCAAGCAACUGAAAAGACCUCGAAUGCCUACAUUUUGUUAGACAAGUGCAAAUCCGUAGCGCGGAAUAUCAAGCUACAACGAAGUGUUCGGUUUGGUCCCCUCCUUUCCACUGGCCCUGGCUCCAGCAUACCUUCCAGGGAGGUAGCCGACAAGCUUUUCCAUGGCUAUCUCCACACCACUGAGUCCGUUUUCCGUAUUCUGCAUAUCCCAUCUUUCACAAGAGAUUACGAAACAUUUUUCUGCUCCCCGGAGCAUGUCAACGAUACCUUUCUAAUCCAGUUGAAGUUGGUCAUGGCCAUUGGUAGUGCCACGUACGACGACCGCUUUUCUUUGAAGGCUUCCGCUAUCCGAUGGGUCCACGAGGCGCAAGCCUGGGCCUCGGAUUCCAAACCACGGCUGAAUAUAGGCUCUCUACAAGCCAUGAUGCUCCUAUGCUUGGCUCGUCAGACUACAGGCGUAGGCGCUGAUCUCGUGUGGAUAACCGCCGGCGCCUUGCUGCGAUCGGCCAUUUAUAUGGGUCUGCAUAGAGACCCUUCGCGCCUGCCCCGUAUGACGCAUUUCAUGGCUGAGAUGCGACGGAGAUUAUGGAAUACCAUAUUGGAAAUUACUCUGCAGACGAGCAUCGAUUCCGGAGGCCCGCCCAUGAUCUCCUUGACCGAUUUCGACUGUCAACCCCCUGGCAAUUUUGACGACCAUCAACUCGAAGAGAUCCCCGACUCGGACCCAGUUCCGAAACCUUGGGGCGUCUUCUCCCAGUCGUCCGUUGCAGUCGCGCUCCGUACCUCAUUUCCAGUCCGCCUCACAGUCGCCAAAUUCUUGAACGAUCUGGGGCCCAGUGCAUCUUACUCGGACACUCUGCGGCUCGACGCCGACUUAAAGGCUACGUACAAGCAUCUUUGCCGAAUGCUGUCGUCGUACCCCACAGCUGGGCCCGCACCGUCGUCGUUCGAAUUGCGCUUCGUGGAUUUCCUCGUCCGUCGCUAUUUUCUGUGUCUCCAUAUCGUACAUGUUGGCCCAGCAAUACGCGAGAGCGAGAGCGCGUGUGCUUUCUCUCGGAAGGCUGCUGUCGAUACGUCGUUGAAGCUCUGGUCCUUAGCACACCCUGGCGGCUCUGCAUUGAGAAAACCCGCCACGUCGGAGAAGACCGGCGAGGACCACUUGGCUCGACUCACAAUAUGCGCCGCUGGCUUUUACCGCAGCGUCCUCUUCCAAGCCUGCCUCAUCAUUGUGCUGGAGCUUACAACUCAACUGUACGAGGAAGACCAUAUCGGACCAAUCACUUUGCGGCCUGAUUGUCUCGCCCUGGUCGAAGACGCGAAGCUAUGGGCACUACGACGGAUCGAGUCCGGUGAAACAAAUAUCAAAGGUUAUGUAUUCCAUUCGGUCGUUAUUGUACAGAUUGAGGGUCUAGUGAAGCGUUUGCCACACGAGGACAUCGUGCCGAUUGUCUUCAAAACUGUUGAAGAAGCCGAGCUGCUAUGCCUGUCCAUACUUGAAGAAAAUCUUCUGGAAAUUCAAUGCGCAAUGGGUGGCAAUAUCGAUGCUCAACCCGUUCCUGACGCCAUGGCCGGAGUGGGGGCCGAAUGGGAAACUUACGACGCAGAUUUCGAAGAUGGCUGGAAUUCUGGCAAUGGAGAGCCCUUCUUUGGCUCCGACUGGGGAUUCACCAAGACCCCUCCAGAUCUAACACUAUGGUGAUUCGGAGCCAAACAUAGAAGCUACGUUUCGUGGUUGUUGCCUACAGUCUACGGUGGGACUAGAAAGUGCCGUCCAUCUCAAUAUUCUUUUCAUACUUAAGCCGCCUAGUUGUUCGUCGGGGAAACUACAGCCAGCCUACCAGCUUUUAGAACCCAAUCCAGGCGACUGCAGUAUACAAACUAGGAUCAGAUAGCACUGUUACAAAAGAAAAUUGUGUUUCCUUGGCAGGUUAGUUUCCCGUGAUAUCCGCAGAUUGAAAAGGGGUUGUUGAUCGGAAUGGUGCAGUAGUAGAGAAUCUCCUUGGUUUUCUAAAUUUAUACCUUCAGCCGGAAGCGUGGAUGCUCAAAUUUAUCCAAACCAAUCAAAUUAAAUACUAGGAAAUCCCAACCAUGAUCAUAUUCG